ACGCAUCUAUGAUAUAGCCCUUGGUCCAGGGACCUGAUCUACUCGUACUGAUCUGCCCUCCAUCCAGGUAGGUAGAAGGUACCUGAGGUGCGCACCAGAGGAGGCACCUACGUAGUACGGGCGAGCGCAAGCAACAGUUGAUAUCCGCAUGUGUGCUGGUUGGUUGGCUGGCUGGCUGGCUGGCCGGCCGGUCUGUACGUGCUCGUGACCGAGCGUUCCGAUGCCGUUCGGCUCUUACUUCUCCUCCUCUUCUCUCCUCCUCCCCUCUCCUCCCUUCUUCGCACGUAUCCUAACAGCUAGUAUAUUCUUUCAAGGUAAGACGGCGACAUGGUGUGCUAGGUACAUAAGAGCUACCCGUCCUUCCGUUAGAAGCCUGACAGGUUUCACCACCUCCCCUCCUUUACCCUUACCCUCCCCUGCUGCACACUCCCCUCGUAAAACUUGAUAUCGGACCGUCACCCAGUUCAGAGACCAAGUUCGGAGACAAAGAGACGCAGAGACACGCAAGGAGUCGCACCGGUAGACAGACUGCGCCUGUGUCGCUAGAAACACCAUGGGCCCCCCAAAGAUGGCCAUUAUCGCGCCUCCGACCAGAGAGUUCCGCGCUGCCGCCGCCGCCACCACCACCGCCCUCCUGGGCCCCACCCUGGCCGCCGCCCUGCGAUGCCAGCGCCUCCUCGGCGUCGCCUCCCUGUUCCUGUGCGCGCAAGUCUGCUGGCUCGCCUGGCAGGCCGCCCUGACGAGCUGGAGCGUGGCCGUCCACGCCUGCGCCGCGGCGGUACGCGCUGCCGUGCUAGCGAAGGCGGUAUGGAGGUCCAAGCCGGUAAUGGCGUUGAGGAGGAAGGUCGUAUUCGAGUUCGUCGCCCUCCUACUAGGCUCGGGCAAUGCUCUGUUCCUAGUGCUGUUCUGGCCGGGCUGGUGGGUGCUAGGGCUGAUCGCCCUGGCGACGCGAUUGUCCGUUGGUUGAGCGUUGUUGCAUGUCCCGCGGGACCAAUCCGAUAUACACUCGGCAACCGAGCUCGGCU